CAAGGUCUUCUCGCGAAAACACACAUACGGAAAUACAUCAUGCGCACGACCGGAAUCCUUGUUGCCCUUGUGGGCGCUGCCUGCCAUGCUGGCAGCGCGUCGGCGUUUGUGCCCUCCAGGGCGCCUGGGGCUCUCGCCACGCCCGGCGCGGUGCAGGCCCCCACCGUCUCCGCGCUCGCCCCGGCAGACCUUAAGCAGCUGUCGACGACUGCCCCCGCUGACUCUGCCCUUGCCAUGACCCGCGGCGGUGGGCGCGGCGCCGCUCCCCCCGCGCCCAAGAAGAACCAGACCGUCAUCGUGGGCAUCUACUUCUUCCUCUGGUACGCCCUCAACAUCGGCUACAACAUCACCAACAAGAAAGCUCUCAACGCCAUCGCGCUGCCGUGGAGCAUCAGCGUCCUCCAGCUUGUCGUGGGUUCCAUCUUCGUGCUGCCCCUGUGGAUGCUCAAGCUCCGCGACGCGCCCGGCCUGACCAUGGCCAACGUCAAGGGCCUCAGCCCCAUCGCCACCUGCCACAUGCUCAGCCACGUGUGCGCCGUUAUCGGACUCGGAGCCGGUGCUGUUAGCUUCGUGCACAUCGUCAAGGCUGCGGAGCCCCUCUUCACUGCCCUUUUCAGCGCCGUCUUCCUGGGACAGAUCUUCUCCCCCCUGGUGUACCUGACGCUUGUGCCCGUGGUGGCCGGUGUGGCGCUCGCCUCCCUCAAGGAGCUCGACUUCAAGUGGGCCGCCCUCGGCGGAGCCAUGGGCUCCAACCUCGCCGCGUCCACCCGCGCCAUCCUCUCGAAGCGCUCGAUGGGCAUGGACAUGGGCAAGAACAUGAGCCCCGCCAACCUGUACGCCGUCCUGACCAUCAUGGCCUCGGCGAUGCUCCUGCCGCUGUCCGCCAUGGUGGAGGGCCCCAAGAUCAAGGAGCUGUGGGAGAGCACCGUCACCACGCCCGAGAAGGGGAACGAGAUCAUCUACAACACCGUGGCUAGCGGCGUGUUCUUCUACCUUUACAGCCAUUGGGGGGGGGGGGGGUUACCACCCCCCCAAGGGGGGGGGCCCCCACCAGGGGGGGAACAAGGCCCCCUCCCCCAAGGAGGAGGAACCCCCAAAAAGGGGGGGAAGGGCCCUUUGGGGGGCCAAAAAACCCCCAUUUUUUUUUUCUUGGGGGAGGGGGGAAAACCCCCCCCCCCCCAUUCCCCCCCCCUUUCCCGGGGGAGGGGGGUUGGUUUUCUCCCUCUGGGGUGA